GACGUAAGGAUUCGUGAAGGUAUAACGGUAGCCUUAGGUGGUACCCUAGAGGAGGAGGAGGAGGCCCCCCCUAAGCCUGCAAAGGCGCCUGAAGCUGCAAAGGAGCCAGCAGCGCCAAAGAAAGAAUUGACGGAGGAACAGAAGAAGGCAGAGGAGUUCAAGCAGCAGGGAAAUGCGCUGUACAAACAGCGCAAGUUCGAGGAAGCCCUACAGGCAUAUGAUGAAGCAAUCAAGCUCGACCCCAACGAGCUUCUCUACCUCAACAAUAAAGCAGCGGUGUACAUGGAGAUGGGGGAGUACGACAAGUGUUUUGCCGAAUGCAACAAGGCGCUAGAGAAGCGCUAUGAAGUGAAGGCAGACUAUGAUGUGGUGGCUAAGGUAUACAACCGCAUGGCGGCUUGCUACACCCGGCAGAAGGACUACGCGAAGGCUAUUGAGAUGUACGAGAAGUCCUUGUGCGAAUCUAACACAAGACAGACCCGCGCAGCGUUGGCAGAUGUUAAGCGUAUGAAGGAGAAGGCAGACAGAGAGGCAUAUAUAGACCCACAGAAAGCAGAAGAACACAGACAGAAGGGAAACGAAUUCUUUAAAAAUAACGACUUCCCAAGCGCAAAGAAAGAGUAUGACGAGGCAAUUCUGCGUAAUCCUAAGGAUGCAAAACUUUACAGCAACAGAGCUGCUGCAUUGACAAAAUUAUUUGAAUAUCCAUCAGCUUUGAAGGACUGUGACACCGCCAUUAGUCUAGACCCAACAUUUGUUAAGGCAUGGAGCCGCAAGGGUAAUCUGCACUUUCAAUUAAAGGAAUAUGCGAAGGCAUUAGAGGCCUUUGAUAAGGGAUUGGCUAUAGACCCUAAUAGCAAGGAGUGUAUGGAUGGCAAAAUGCAAGUUGUUCGCAAAGUACAGCAGCAGCAACAAUCCGGAGAAAUUGAUGAAGAACAAAUGAGACACGCAAUGGCCGAUCCAGAGAUCCAACAGAUUUUGCGUGACCCCCAGAUGAGCAUAGUGCUGCAAAACGCGCAGGAGAACCCGGCCAUGCUGAAAGAGUACCUUCAGGACCCGAAAAUCCGUGAUGGCAUAAAUAAACUGAUAACUGCCGGCAUCUUGCGGGUGGCAUGA